AGGCAUAUUCAACAGACGUCGUCUCUUUGACGAAGAAGGAAGGUAACUGAAUCUGAGAACAAGUGUAGAAGAUACCAUAAUUACCCAGGGAAAAAGCCCCAAAACCAGAAGUUGCAUUCAAUGGAUUUGUGAAACAAUUCGAUUACCAAUACUUUCUGCUUCGUCUUCUUCUGCGAUUUUUGCUCUUCUUGCCAUGCCCUUGAAACCCUUUCUCCUUCUUCCUCUAUUUCUCAUUGUACUCUAACUUGGACUUCAAAAGAUCACAACUAUUCUAUACACUGUUUCUUGUUUGGACCGCUGUUAAUUUUGUUCGGUAACUCGGUUUGAAUGCUCUAAACGUAUCGAAUAUAUUUACUAUUUGUUCAUGGAGGUCGAUGGAGGCAGUGUUGGUGGUGGUGGCGGUGGUGGAGAAGGGUCUUCAAGGGUUCCUACUACUUCAUUUUCUUCUUCAGGUGCUAGGCAGAGGUUCUACAUUGAGCUAAGGCCUGGGGAGACCACGAUUGUAUCAUGGAAGAGGUUGGUCAAAGAUGUAAAUCCGUCUCCCCCUGCGGCUGAGCCUCCUGUACCCGGUGCUCAACAGAGCCGCGAGGCUCAGUUUCCUCUGCAGGACGAAUGUUUCCAAGAUGAGCGCUCAACAUCUAAGCAAGAUGCUUUUUUUGUAAAUACAGGCAAAUUGGAACAUACAAAUGAGGGCAUCUCUUCUGCUAAUUGUCAAUCCAAAAAGCGAAGGAAAAAUUUGUCAAAAGCUCCGGAAGAGACGAUUGAUGAUCAUGUGCCCAGUAAACAUGCAAAAUUGCAUGCGAGGGUGAAUAUUAGUAGUGAUAAUACACUAUUUACGGAACAUUCUUUUGGUCGUUCUCAUAAUGGAAUAUCUACUAGUGAACGCCAUCUUGAUGGGAAGCUGCAGGAUUCAUUGAAGUCUGCAAUAGUAUCUUCUACAAAGAAAGCUGCUGACGCCAUCACUGAAUGUGAACAAUUACCUUCUGGAUUCUCAAAUAUUGAUGUAUCUGCAGUGCCUACAUACUCAAAGGAAACUGAUAGAUAUAAGAGUGGGGCUCCCCAAUAUCAAAAUCUGGUAAACAACCAAAGAGAUGAAAGUGAAUUUCCUUCUGCUACACAUGACAGGGGUUGGAUAUCUGCGAAGCAGCUUGCACCGACAGCAAAAGGGAUAGCCACUGAAGCCAAGGAGCUGGAACCAUCCAAAGAUUUGCAGAGGGAGAAAGCAAGUAAUGGACUGCCUGACCUCAUAUUCCUGCUUUUCCAAUGCAAUCUCUGAAGAAUUCCUCCAUGCAUUCACAGGAUUCUUCUACUUUGAGACCGAAGGGUACAAUGCUUGAAAGGGCAAUCAGGGAAUUAGAGAAAAUUGUUGCAGAAUCAAGGCCAGUGAAAUUGGAGGUCCAAGAUGGUGAUACUUCAUCAAUUGCUGUUAAACGAAGAUUGCCCUCUGAAGUGAAGCAAAAACUUGCCAAAGUUGCUAGACUAGCGCAAUCAAGCCAAGGAAAAAUAUCAGACGAGUUAAUUAACCGCCUUAUGAGUAUUCUUGGGCAUUUAGUGCAGCUCAGAACACUGAAGAGAAACUUAAGAGAGAUGGUUUUACUGGGACUAUCAGCAAAGCGGGAGAAAGCUGAUAGAUUUGAACAGAUUAAAAAGGAAGUUACUGAGAUGAUCAAACCGCAGGCAGCAAGGCAAAUAGAUGCACAAACUAAUGAUUUUCAGGUAGCACUUGGUUCUGAAGGCAAAGAAGCAACUAAAGGAAAAUAUACCAUGGAUAGUGCAGUGGAAGAUAAAAUUUGUGAUCUUUAUGACCUAUAUGUUCAGGGUAUGGAUGAAGACAAAGGUCCACAAAUCAGAAAACUAUAUGUUGAGCUUGCUGAAUUGUGGCCAAAUGGAGCUAUGGACAACCAUGGGAUCAAAAGUGCAAUUUGUAGGGCAAAGGAGCGCAGAAGGGUAUUAUAUGGUCAUGAGAAGGUCCAAGGACAUGACCGGAGCAAGAAGCCAUCCACAUUGAAAAUGGAAGGUGUUGUUCAAGGAGAAGUUGAUUUAACUUCACAUCAAAAAGCUGUGAGAGAGAGGCCGAUCUCUGAGUCCAGUAAUCACAUUUUUCCACUAUCUACUGAAAUCAUUUACACUACUGCAAUUGGAGAGCAGAAUGUUGGUGGAGCUGCGAAAAUGGGCAGCCCAUCUUUGAAAGGUUCUACCAUGAAUCUUCACAAACAAGUAAAGCCUGAGAAAAUCCCAUUCCCAAUGUCAAAAGAACAAAUGAAGCAGCAACAGCCAGAAUUGGAGAGUAGAGUAAGAAAAUUAUCUUUGAAACCGGUGAGAGAAUCUCACAAACCACAUAAGCGGUCAGUUGGGCAAUUGGAUGGUCUAAAUCACCAGUCCGCUGCCUCCCCAAGCUGUGGACGAUCUGACUGACUUUUUCUUGCUGUUACACGAAAGUUCUCAUCUUUGAGAUGUGAGUCAAUGUAAAGCCCAAAUUAAUUGUAUAACUAGAGAAGGGCAGUAGUAGGUUCGGUGUGCUGUCAGCUCUGCCUUGCUUGCCCCUCUUUCGAACCCUUCUUCUUCCAUUUACUGUCAAUAGCCUGCAUCAGAAAAUAGUUGGAUGUUUAGUUGUGCAGUUGUUUAAGAGUUAGUAGAUAGGGUAGCAGAUAAUUGUUAUAUAUUCAAGAUUGUUUAGUUGAAAGCAUUUGUUUUGAACAUUUUGGAUCUCCAGGGAUGAAAUGUUCAUCAUCUUUACUGAGAA